UAAAAAAUCCCCGCUUCUCCUCCUCCCAUCUCGCCGCACGCCGCCGCCAAUAAAACGACGCGACGCGGCGCGGCGCGGCGCGACCCGAUGCGACGCGACGCGGCGAGGAGAGGGAGACGAGCUGAGCAGCGGCGACAUGGCGAGGGGGAGCAGGAGGAAGGGGUGGGCGCGCGGGGCGGUGGCGUUCGCGGCGGUGGCGGCGGCGGUGGCGGUGGGGAGGCGGUACGGGUGGGACGGGGAGGCGGCGGUGGCGGCGUUCCGGGGGCGGAGGGACGCGCUGGGCCCCUGGGCGGCGCCCGCGUACGUCGCGGCGCACGCGCUCACGCUGGCGCUGUGCCCGCCCUACGCCAUCCUGUUCGAGGGCGCCGCGGCGCUCCUCUUCGGCUUCCUCCCGGGUGUCGCCUGCGUCUUCUCCGCCAAGGUGCUCGGCGCCUCGCUCUCCUUCUGGAUCGGGAGGGCAAUUUUCAGACUCUUUACUUCAGCAAUGGAUUGGCUAAAGAGUAACAAGUACUUCCAUAUUGUGGUUAAAGGGGUUGAACGUGAUGGCUGGAAAUUUGUGCUACUUGCUAGAUUCUCUCCUCUACCUUCCUACAUAAUUAACUAUGCUCUAUCUGCCACCGACGUUGGAUUUUUCAAAGAUUUUCUACUUCCCACAGUUGUUGGCUGCUUACCGAUGAUCCUACAGAAUGUUUCUAUUGUUAGCCUUGCUGGUGCUGCAGUUGCCUCAACCACAGGAUCUGAGAAGUCUCGGAUAUACUCCUACUUGUUUCCAGUACUUGGUAUCAUGUCUAGCAUUCUCAUUUCGUGGAGGAUUAAGCAAUAUUCUUCUGCCCUUGUUAUUCCUGAAGAGCUUAAAAAUUCAUCUACUAAUGGAAAGGCUAAUGUGGAUGACAAGGCAGUGUCUGAAAAUACCAACUCUGGGGAAACUAGGAAAAGGAGGUGACCAUCACAAUUUCUUGCAUAUUACUGUGAGGAGCUACUACGAAUUAUCAAACAUUUAGAGUAGAUGCAGAUCAAGAUUAUUCCACAUUGGUCAAUGACUAUAGUAAACUAUGUUGUCUGUUUCAUGCCAUUGUUUUGGGGGCAUUUAGCAGAUGCGCAGUCAGCUACUGUCUUGUUUCUGCCAUCAAGCUUUUCUUUUUCUGACACAUGCAGAUGUUUCACCUUGCAAACAUGGUAGAAGUUCAUAUGCUGUACAUCUAAGUUGGGUAGUUACGGUGGUCUAGGAUUUUCUUGUUAAAUUAUAUCUAAGGAAACCGGUUUUGAUUUCCUUCCCUACUUGUACUGAACCCAUAUAUGACUUGGUAGAAUUCAGUGUUCUAAUGGACCAGAAUUCAGAACUGUUUCUGCUGUUGCAAUGUAGAACAGCUGUAUCACACCUUUUUAUAUAUAUAUACUCUUCUUUAGCCA